AUUUUAUCAUAAAUCUUUUUAUUGAUGACUCACUAAAUGACAAAAUUGUAUACAUAGGAUGGAACUGGUAGGGAUUCCUAUAUAUUUUUCAAUAAUGGAGGAUUUUAUCCUGCAUAAUCAAGAUUUUUAGUAAACAGAAUGGCAGAGUCAUGUAUGUAGUAAAUUAAUUUUGAGGGGCUUAUGGAUCUCCAAGUAGUGUACGUUUAGGAGGUUCAAUUGAAAAAAGAUAGUUUUAUUUUUCUGAUGGAACAGGAAGAGAUACCUACAUAGCAAAAACAGUUUAAAAUAAAGCAUAAUUGUCACCAGAUUUUUAGGAAACUUUAAGAAAAUACAAAUCAUAACAAAUACCAACUAAAUAUCCCUAUAAAUUGCCUCCAAUUAAGUAGGCUGUUCAAUAUGAGAAAUCAGUUAAACAACAUGAAUUUACAAAAAGAUUAGCUGCUCCAAAAAAGCGAAUAGAAGAUAAUGAUUGAUUUAAAUAAUAAAAAAUAUAUAUAUAAAGUGGAU